AUUAUAUACUUUGUCAUGUCUCGUCUCACCAGACAUCAGAGGGGAUGCUGGCGCGCGUGGGACGCAGAUGGCGCGCUAUAAAAGUCAAAUCAACAUUGGACAGGACUUGCUAUUAGUCCGCGGGUCAUGGCACGCUCACAUCCUCUCCAAACAUUGCGCUAUACUCGUCGCUUGUUGACUCGCUCGAAAAAUUUCAUUCCGUAGUCUAGUCUAGACAAACGUCAACAACACAGAAGAUUAAUUGAAGAUGGCGUUCGUCAACAGCAGCAGGGGGAGUAUUCUCUUGAUUGUGUUGACGAGCUUCUUGUUUUGUGUGAGUAGUGAAAGCCCGGGAGGAAGGAAAUCGUUGGAUGGAUACAGUUAUUCACGGCAAGAGUACUACGACAUGUUAUUGUCCGUCGCCAAUUAUUCGGAAGAUUCAACCUCAGCCGGCCAUCGUCUGUUGAUGCCCGUUUGGGCUUACAAAUCAGCCGCUGGUUAUCUUCUCUUCGUUAGCGUCAUGGGAUUGACCCUGAAUAUUAUCGUCGUCCUUGUUCUUCUCAGCGAUCAACAGAAAAUGACACCUUUAAAUUGGAUGCUGCUCAAUUUGGCUUGCUGCGAUGGGAUCACCGCAGGUUUCGGGGCACCCAUAUCGAUUACAGCUGCUUUCCAUUCCGGUUGGCCAUUUAGCCAAGAAUUGUGCGCUGCUUACGCCAUGAUUAUAUCAACUGCUGGCAUCGGAUCAAUCACAACGUUAUCAGUUCUGGCCAUUUUGCGAUGUAAAAUCGUCGUCCAAAAUCACGUCUACUCAGCCAAUCGGUUCAGCGCUUUCACGACUCGCAGUGUCCGUCUUGGAUGUCACAAAGCCACGCUCCUUUUGACGCUCAUCUGGAGUUACGUCCUGCUGGUCACCUGUCCGCCCAUGUUUGGAUGGGGCCAAUACGACCGUGAACCUGCCCAAAUAAGUUGUUCGGUGAAUUGGGAAUUGCAAAUUGGUAGCAACCGAUCGUACAUCUUCUACAUCUUUACAUUCGGAUUGAUCGUUCCAACGGUGGUCAUUUUCGUCUGCUACUCCAACAUUUUACGCGAAGUCAGAAAGGUCAAGACUGAAAUCAAUAGGGGAAGCAGUCUGAAGACUAGUCGUCGUUUGCAUCAAAAGCAACUGAGUUUCCAGAGCGAAGCGGCCGAGAAACGGUCGACGGUGAUGGUGGCCGUCAUGAUCGGUGCCUUUCUGAUCGCCUGGACUCCUUACUCCAUUCUGGCGCUCACCGAGACGUUCAACGGCAAAAAUUACGGCGAUUCCUCCAUUUCACCCGUGUUGGCCACUGUACCCAGUCUCUUGGCCAAGACGUCGUCCGUCCUCAACCCCAUCAUUUACGGAUUCUUAAACACUCAGUUCAAAUUGGCUUGGAAGAAAAUGGCGUUGCGGUUUCUCCGUCGACAUGGCCAGAAACUGGGCAAAGAUCGUUCCAUUACUGCCGGACUGACAACAACAUACAUUACUGUGAAACCUUCCAUCAUCUAUCACCUACCAACGAAAGAACUUACCGAAGGAUAUCAAAUUCAGGGAAUUGUCAAUAACGUUCCUCCUCAACAUCAAUUGCAGCCAGUCAAGUUGAUCACCGGGAAUAAGUCUCCGUCGCUAUCAGCCGCAAGUCCGGAAGAGUCCAGUGCUGGAAUAAAAGAACAGGAGGAGCAGCAGCCCGUCUUGUUGGUGGUCGUCCGCUACGUGUCGAGCAGUAUCAUCCAUCAUUUGCAUACUACAUCCGCAGGAAACUCGGGGAACUGGACAAUGACGUAAAUGCAGUCACAGUUCGCUAUACUUUUAAUGAUAUUUGUACUUGAAAAAAAAAAAUAAAAACUCUUU